AUGAGGCUCAUCAUACCUUUUGCUCUAUUUUUGGCUUCAAAAUCCCUUGGACAAGAUCCUGGCUUGCCCGUUGCCAAUCCCACCAUAUCCUACUGGCAACUUCCUCCGUUGGAGGGAGUUGCAGAUCAUCAGUCCGAGCAUCUACCAACGGACGUGGAUGUUGUCAUUAUAGGCUCGGGCAUGUCAGGUACAAGCAUUGCCUGGCAUCUUCUGAAGGAGAACAACAGUACUACGCCGCUGAGGGUUGCCAUGAUCGAAGCUCGCCAGGCUUGCUCCGGUGCCACAGGAAGAAACGGCGGUCAUAUCAGACCGUCUUCUUACGCCGAGUAUGCUGGCGCUAAGUCGACAGUAUCACAGUCGGAAGCAGCCAAGAUCAUUAGGCUUCGCUCUGCCCACGUGAACGCCCUCAUCUCUGCGGCCAACUCUCUUCCAGAAGAGGGGAGAUUAGCUGCAGAAGCUCGUGUUGUGGAUAGUAUCGACGCCUUUUUCGACGAGCAGAGAUGGAAGACAGCUGUUGAUCAGGUCAAGGCCCUAAAAGAGGAGGUUCCAGACGUUAGAGAUGAAUGGGCUAUCUUUGAGAGUGAAGAAGCUCGCAAUAUAUCACUUCUCCCUGAGACUGUCGGAAUUCUUACCGGAACUCCGAAGAUGGCUGGUGCAAUUUGGCCGUAUCGCUUCAUCACCCAUGCGCUGAAAUCACUUCUGGGUAUCUACCCCGGCUUUACUCUGGACACUGACACAGCUGCCUUGAACAUUUCUACCACCGCCGAAGCAGCCGAUCCCUUCAACUUUGAGGUGCACACUUCCAGAGGAAGUAUUCGGACCAAGCACGUGGUUUAUGCGACCAACGCUUGGACACCACACCUUGUUCCCGGCUUACAAGGCGCCAUUCGCGGAGGCCGGCUGCACAUGAGUGAGUGCCCAACUUGGAGGCAUUUAGCCACAGGACGUGCCUGGUCUCUGUAUCGGAAUGGCUUGGAUUACAUUGUCCAGAUGCCCCGGAACGGAGAACUCAUGUUUGGCGCCGAUAUUGACGGAGACGACGCGAAUGCCAACACUUACGACGACAGCCGUCCUCCCCUUCACCUGUCUGCCUCAUAUCUCAACGGGGCUCUCCCAAACCACUUUGGGUACGACACUUGGGGUUCUGAGAGAACUGAUUUUCCACCGCCCUCGGACACAAGGGUCUGGAAUGGUCGCACGAAGCGCGUGUGGGUCGGCAUUGAAGGGGGAUCAUUCGACUCUAGACCAUUUGUAGGUCGUAUCCCUCAGUCUAUCACUGGUCGAUCCGUGAAGAGCGCUUCAGUUGGGGGCGAGUGGGUGUCUGCGUCGUUUGACGGGGAAGGGAUGUGUUUUUGUUGGAAUAGGCCUACAUUAGGCAGCAGGAGGUUGCUGCCGCGGUCCGUUCCAGCCACGGUGGUCCGUGUGGCUCAGCCACACGAGGGUGGUAUACCCCAGACUUCCUGCCGCCGCUGGCACCUGGUUAGACUUCCACAGAAGAACAACAAGAACAAGCAAUAUCACCACUACAGUCGGUGA